UCCAUGUUGGAAUCCCGGCCUCGGUCAUUACAUCACGGGCACCGAUGCCAGUGCAGGGUACAGAGCUGUACCCUGCACAGAGCGAACGCCACUGUGGUGACCAGAUCCCCUAUAGCAAGUUGCCGCUGUGUCCUGGACUGGCAUAAUCCUGUCCAUCAGUGCCCGUGAUGUCAUGACGUCACACAGCAAGCGCCAGAUAAGCACUGGGAGCAGGCAGAUAGCUUUUAAGGAUGUACCCUGCAGCUUUCCAGGAACUCCACAAGUUAAAAGAGUGCCUCAUCAGGGUAACUUCUAUGUAGCAACCGUCACCGUGCCGACACCUUGGCCUUGAAGCCUGAGUGACUGCACCAGCGGCACACCUAACAAAGGACAGAUCCCUCUGUGAGCAGCAAUGGCUGAGAAGUUUGUGCAAAGUAAGCUGACCGCUUCCAAAGUCACCGUGUUUGAGAAAAUCUCCUGCCCAUACUGUGCCCGGGCCAAGCAGAUUCUGCAGAAAUACAAGAUUAAGCAGGGACAUCUGGAGUUCAUUAAUAUCGCCUCCCUGGAUAUAGUGAGCAGCGUCCAGGAUUACCUCUUACAGAUCACUGGAGAGCGGACGGUACCUCGGAUAUUCAUUGGAGAGAACAGUAUCGGUGGCUGUUCUGACCUUGUUCCCCUGGCUGACAGUGGGGAGCUGGAUAAAAUGCUGGUGGCAAUUGGAGCCUUGGAGUAGCAAACUGGGACUUGUGCAAUAGUCCAGAGCCGAUUCCAUGUUCCAUCGAGCAGAACCUCACCAUCCAGAAUAUUUAUAAGAGGCGUUUUACACUAAAGUGAAAAUUGUGUCUGAUACCUUGCUUGCUAAGAUAAUAAAACUAUUGCUAUCUUGA